CUGCUUCCCUAUUGCUUUCACAUUGGGAUCUAUGCUACUCUUUCUUCUUUCCGUUCUACUUCUUCAACUCAAAACAAGAGCAAGUAUCUGCUCCAUUUUCCGCCCAAACCAACCUCUUCCACACCCCAUCCUCUACUGCUCAGCUCUGCCUAAUCAAGUAAGCAAAUCUGGAAUAUCAAACACUCCCUGUUCUGCUCUUUCUAUGUAAUCUCAAAUCUGCUUUUAGCUGCUUGUUUGUGUAAACUUGUUCUUGUUUUGCUGUUGUUGGUAAUGAAGCAUGCUCUUUUUUGGCCUUCUGUCUUGUUGGAGAUGAUGGAUUGAUUUUCCCAUUUGCUGGCUGAUAACCCAAUUCUAUUCUCGUCCCAGGUUUAUUAUGCAACAACAAGAAAGUAGAGCUUGCCACUAUUUCCCAUCACAUGGAAAGUGAAACAGCUGAUUGUGUAACAACUCGAAUCGGUGAAAAGCUUCGUGGAUCAUCUCCCAUCUCCUCUGAGUUCAGCAUCUUCAGGGUUCCUCAACAGCUACGCAAUGUGAAUGAGAGGGCUUAUGAACCCCAGGUAGUUGCAAUAGGUCCUUAUCAUCAUGGUAAGCAGCACUUGCAGCAGAUGGAGGUGCACAAAUUACACUAUCUCCGCCAGCUUCUUCGCAGGAGGAUCGAGGAUUAUAGUCAAGUGAAUAGAUACGUUUUAGCCAUGAGGAAACUGGAGGAAAGCGCUCGCAGAUGUUAUGCAGAUUCCUUUGCCUUCACCUCGGAUGACUUUGUCGAAAUGAUGCUGCUGGACGGAUGCUUCCUCGUCGAGGUAAUCCGAAAGUAUGCAAUGACAGCAUUGAUUGACAACCACGACCCAAUCUUCGUCCUACCAAUGAACUUGUACAGCAUAAUGCGAGAUGUUCUCCUCCUGGAGAACCAACUCCCUUUCUUUGUUCUCUCGGAACUGUUCCAGUUGACAAAGACGGUUCACGAGUUGGGGAACUUCCUGGCCAUGGUAAAUCAUUUCCUCUAUGGAAAAUCACCAGGGCUUGGCUUUGUCCACGCUGAUAAUAAUAACAACAGUGUAGGAUGUUGUUCCUAUGCGCAAGAUAUCAAGCACUUGUUAGGCUUUGCACAUGACUAUUGGAUACCUCCAUACGCAAGAACAGCAGUAGGGAAACCUAUAGCCAGAUACAACCUCAAGUUCAUCCGUUGUGCCACAGAGCUUAGAGAAGCUGGAGUCAAGUUCAGAAGAGCUGAGGAAGGAGAAGGCCAACAACAUACCUUGUUCGAUGUAGGAUUCAAAGACGGGACUUUUGUGAUCCCAAUGUUGACAGUUGAAGAUGAGACCGAGUCGUUCUUCCGAAAUCUGAUAGCAUACGAGCAACUGCCAUUGAAGAACAACCCAAGCUACGUCACAGAUUAUAUGGUUCUGAUGGAUUGCUUGAUUAACUCGAGGAAAGACGUGGAGUUGCUGCGUCAGUAUGAGAUCAUCGACAAUCGAUUAGGGGAUGAUGAAGUGGUUGCCAAUCUGUUCAACAGGCUUGGGGACUAUGUUGGCGUCUCCCAUUCUUACUUCUCCUACUGUGAUGUGUUUGAAGAAGUGAACCUUCAUUGUGCAAAGAAACGGUACAAAUGGCUGGCAAAGCUGAGGCAUGAUUACUUCAACAGUCCCUGGGCUCUUAUAUCUUUUCUUGCUGCUGUUCUUCUCAUCUUGCUUUCCUUCCUUCAGACAUUGUAUUCUGGUUUGUCAUAUGAAAAAUGAAACAAGGUUUUUUUUCUUCUUCUUUUUUCCAGAUCGUUUUAAUUUAAUGACAUUUGCUCAGUCAAAAACCUUCUUCAACAGUAUUGGUGGGAAAUAACAGUGGGAAGUUUUGGAUCAACCCCACCCUAUGAGGCCAGAUUGCCAGAACGAUUCUGAUUAAUUUCUCAUUUAGAACUCCUUAAACAAAUAAGAGAAUCAAAAACUCUGUAAUGAAUCUAAGAUAUUUCCCAGUCUAGGGGACCAAUAGGGAAAAUUGGGAUCCCCCCGCCCCAAACUACACAUUCUUAAAAAACAAAUCCAAAAAUACACAUUUUAUGAAAUAUUCUCAAUCUACACAUAAUUGGACUUCAUUGUGACCGUCAGAAGCGGUGAACAUUUUCACCGCGACUGUCAGAAGCGGUGAGUGAUUCACCGCGGCCGUAAAAAACGUUGAAUGCUUCCCCGCGAUCGUCGGAAUCGGCGAACGCGUAACUUAGGCUAAAUUUUUUGAAAGAACGUAAUUUUGCUCUCGAUUAUCCGAUCAUAACAUAUUUUUUUAUUCCGCAUAAUUUUUUUUUGAGAUUUUGCAAGCCGCAAAGAGCCAUAGGCUAUUUGGUAUCGCCUUCGUCCCGAAAAAACGUUGUUUGCUAUCCCAAAUGGGCAAUUUUUGGAUUUUGUCAAACUUUGGACAACCAUAUUAACCUCCAGCUAGGAAACAUUGCGGCGUGUCGACCCGCGAUGUGUCGCCCAUUUUUUCACCAGGUCCGGGUCAAUUACAAGUCAAUCCAGGGGUCAACCCAAGGGCCGAUUCACGGGUUGACAACCUUAAUAUUAUCAUGGGAUGGGGUUUCUCCGAACACAACAAAUAGGGUAAUGGAUUUAGUGCGAUAUUGGUAUUUAAAGUAUCCGCAUAUAACCCACCUGAAUGUGUGUUAUAGUUGUGUUCUAAACUCAUUAAUUUUAACAAUUUGUUCAUCCAGAUCCCUAAAACAUAAUAAGUCUUAGACCUAAAAAUCUUCAUUUUACAUAGGCAUUCGAAGAAUAUUCAUUGUCAAAUAAAAAACUCUAUACAUGAUUGUUGGGAUGGUGUGUGUAGGAUUUUCUCAAACAGCAUAUUUAUUGGUUGUGAUAUGACAUACAUUCACACACAAUCUUUCUUUACAAAUAUUAAAGCACUUUUAGAUUUACACCACUGCCACGUACCCCUUCAUGCAAUUAGAAGAUGUCCACGUCAGCUUCUUCAUAUGUUCCGCCCUCUAUCAUGAUUCCGGUGAACAACUCUGCCCCUAAAAAAACCUCCACACUUUUUCUCCUUCAUCCUUCCCUGUAACUGUUAUCCACCCGCCGCCUGCUCCAAUCCAACCUCUCUGCCGCCUCCAGAUUCCGCCACCAAUCAGCCUCUUGCACCACUCCGAAGUCGAGCCCUUGAAAAUCACCCAUUCACACCAAUUUUGCUCUUAAUUCUUCUGCGGAGUAUGAUGAAACCACGUAAAAAAAAAAAGCAUUAACCUUUUUGUAGUGGUCAAUUGCUUUUGUUUCUUCUCCGUAACCAACAAUAUGAUAGGAUUGUCAUGUGUGAAUUGUAACUAAGUUAGAAUGGAAGUUUGAAUUUGUUGCUGCAAGAUCCAGAUGUGAAAGCUCUACUUUGCUUUCCAUGGUAGUUAAUUUGGCAUUUGUGGGUAUAAUUUUGGAUUUUAAAUAAAUUGUUCCUUUCACUUCUUGAUUGAAACUUAUUAAGUAAGGUUCAUUAUGAAGGCAUUGAGUUGAUUUUUAUGUGAAUCUUGCAAUUGAGUUGAUUACUGAAUCUUGCUCAUCUCGGUUUUUCUUUCUCCUUUUUUCCUAUUUUGUGGCGAAGGAGCCGUUGCUUCCUGCCUGUUGAUUUCCGAAGAGUUAGAAUCGACCUUUCAUAUGCUGAAAACAUAUGUUCUUCUUCCCUACCUAAAUCUUUAUAUCAGGCCAUUUGUCAAUCCAUUCUCAUGUACUUUCCAUCAUCUCUUUUGGUUAUGAUUUGAAACCAAUAAAAUACUAAAACCUGAUGUAACAAAUUCGAAGUUAAUAGUAAAAAUUGGUUGCGACAAAUCCUUAACAGUGGGAAGAGUAGAGAAUUGAUAGGAGUAAGUAGUUCAAGCAGUGUCCAAUGUUCUCUUGAACUCCAAGCAAGGCAAGCACGAUGUAACAAUUAUCUCCGUCCCUAUUUCUCUAUAUAUGUAUGGAUUUGUUUGGAGUUCAAGAAAAUGUACUAUCGAUAGAAAUUAGUAGUUCACGAUUGGAUUUUACUGAUGAUGACUAUGUAAUUGUGUUACCACGUACUGACUGUUGAAUCAUGUGAAAGUUUUGAAAACUUCGUGGAAAAAUUUCAUCAAUGUACUUUGAGGUAGAGUCAUCCAAUAUAAUGCUGCCAUGUGAGCCAAGUGAACCCAGUUUACCAAGAAAUGAUCAUCUUGGGUGUUGAUUUAUUGAAUCUCUUUUACUAGGUUUCCACAUUUGGUUUAUUUGUUGUACAACUAUUUGAGAACUUCAAUGAUAUAGUCAUAGUCGAACAUACCAUAUUUCAACAUGAGCAACAUCACCACUGCUAACGAGGAUCAGUAAAGGAAUCAAGACUUGCAUUCAACAACCGGACAACAAUGUUAUGUUAAAGCCAAGACUACAACAACACAAAUUAUAGGGGGAAAAUCCCAAGUUACACAUGCUUUUAAAAAAAAUUCUCAAAAUACACACGUUAUGAAAAUAAUUCCCAAUUUACGCAUGUUUGGGCCAUCACCGUUGUCGACGAAGACAGUGAUUGCAUCACCGCUGUCGACAAAGACAGUGAUUGCAUCACUGCAGUACACUGCCGCGGUGAAGGUCUGACCUGCGUCGAAACUUUAAACAAACGUAACUUUGUGCUCGGUUAUCCGAUCGUAGCGAAAUUUUUUUGAUUCCGCAUAAUUUUUAGAGAUUUGCAAGCCGCAAAUUGCCGUAGGCGGUUUGAUCCCGCUUUUGUCUCGAAAAUAUGUCGUUUGCUACCCCGAACGAGCCUUUUUUCGAUUUCGUCAAACUUUGAACGACCAUAACUUUGUGCUCCACCAUCCGAAAAUCAUGAAUUUUUUUUUGAUUUCGCAUAAAUUUUUAAGGACUACAACUUUUAGUAGGAGAGAAUUUUCAAAAAAUGAAUUAUUUAUGGAUAUAAGGGAUUUUGGGAAUAACUUUACCUUCCUUUUCAGGAAUCCAAGUACAUUCCGAAAAUAUGUCUAUGAUAAAAAUUGUAGUCCUUAAAAAGUUAUGCGAAAUAAAAAAAAAUUUCAUGA